UUACAAGAAGAAAAAAUCAAACAGCGAAAAAUGAAGAUGACAUUGGUAGCAUUGGUCCUAGUGGUUGGCUUGAGCACAAAGGCACUACUUGGGGAAGCAGGUGCUGCACCAGAGCAAAUUGUGGACACAUCAGGGAAGAAGGUGAGAGCUGGUGAGAAUUACUACAUUGUUCCAGCAUCCUCUGAUGUAGGUGGCAUUGCUCUCUCAAGCACAGGUCAAGAUUGCCCUCUUGAUGUUGUAGCUGUUGAUGGUUACCAAGGCCUCCAAUUGAGCUUUCUUCCUGUUAAUGAUAAGAAAGGUGUCAUUCGCGUUUCCACUGAUCUCAACAUCUUUUUCUCCACCUACACAAGCUGUCCACAGUCCACAGUGUGGAAGCUUAAGGACUAUGAUUAUUCAACAUCACAGUGGUUUCUCACAACCGGUGGUUCUUUGGGUAACCCUGGCUCUCAAACAAGAAGCAAUUGGUUCAAGAUUGAGAAGUACGAGGAUGCUUACAAGAUGGUUUAUUGUCCAAGUGUGUGCAAUUAUUGCAAUUAUCCAUGCAGUGAUAUUGGAAUAUAUCAGGACCAAUAUGGCAAGCGUUUGGCUCUAACUUCUGAGCCAUACAAGGUUCAGUUCCAGAAGGUUCAAUACUAAAUGUUGAAUAUCCAAACCUUAAUGAGCAAAGUGUAAGGAACUACUUGUACUUUUCAUACAAGAUUAUUCUGAAAUCGAG